AUGCUUCCCAAAAUCUGUUAUUUCCUAUUCUACCUGUUCGCCGCUCUGGUAGGAGCAACCCCGAUUGAUUUAGAAGCCAGGGCACCUCCUCCUCCUACUACGCCGGCUCCCCUUGGUAUCACAAAGCAGGGAAUUAAGGGAGGCAAGGGAGACUUCAUCGAGUACAAGUCCAUCGUCAAAUUCAAAAAGGGCACCAAGCUCACCGAUGAACAAAUUGUUGGAUUGGCUGAAGCCGCCUGGGAUGAGAUGUUAAACGAUCACACGAACAAGGGAAAGAAACCAUUCAAUGGAAACGCGAUCCCGCGUGUCAUGAGCGCUUUGCAAGUCGGCGAUGAGGUCUAUCUGGCAUCUAGCAUGAAGGGCGGCGGCGGCGACAGUUAUAUCUACACGGAGAAGGAGACUAAGAAGGUAGACGAGAAGAAGCCUAACGGUAGUGGCAGCAAGAAUGUCAAGGACAAGAAGAAGCAGCCGCAGACUCCUGCUCCCAAGACUCCUGCGCCCAAGGAUGAAUUUGCUGAAUUUACCAAUGUUUUGAAGAGCAAUGCCAAGGAUGUUAUGCAAGCCUUGAAGGAAGUCAGCAUAGACAGCCAAGACCACAAGAAAGAGAAGGAGCAACCUGCUGGCGGUCCGUACACUUUGGAUCAGCAUCGAACCUCGGCUAGCUGUGGUGAGGUGAUGGCCUCUCUCCUGUAUCGUCUGGAAAAUACGGGCAAGGAUUUGAGAAAAACCAAGCUGAAUAAUCAGAAGCCCAAGAUUGUUGCAUGGACAAGAGUUGACCAAAACGGCAACCUGAUGAAAAAGGGCAAUAUCAUGAAUCCUUGUGGUAACCAAUCCAAUACUGAUGCGCAGAACGAAGCGGCUUGUGGCGAGAACUGGGGCUGCAAGGCUUUCACUGGGCCAGCUGGCAUGGAUUUCGAUGUUAUUAAGAAGAGCGUCAAGCCGAAGACUCCUGGUACUCAGGGCUUUCCUGCCCCAAGUUCCCUUGGGAAUAGGUCCUUUCCCAAACUCGUAAAGGCCGAACCAGAGAAGCAGUGA